CAUAUCUCAACUUCGGACACAAGAUUGGAACCCAGUCGCAGUGAACAAACCUAGGGGCCUCACAAUUCCCGACCAUGGCAUCCAACGAUAUCGCCAAACCCAACCAUCUGGAGCCCUCUCCGCUCGGGACCAAAGAGUACUGGGACGAGUUGUACGCGCGCGAGAUCACAAACCACGAUCUGGACCCUACGGACGAAGGCACGAUCUGGUUCGACGACUCAGCAGCCGAAGAUAAAAUCGUCGCUUUCCUGUCCUCUCAGAUCCUCCAAGAAGACGACGCACAGCAGCAGCAGUUGCUCGGUCCUGAAAUCGGACGGCAUAACUGUAGUUUUCUAGAUCUCGGGACCGGGAAUGGACAUCUUCUGUGUCGACUACGCGAGGGCGAAGAAAUAGAGGAGGACGAGGAGGGGGAAAGGGCUUGGAUGGGUAGAAUGCUCGGCGUUGAUUACUCGCAGAAGAGCGUCGAGUUCGCGAAGCGCGUCGCGGCAGAUAAAGGGUUUGGCGGGCCCGAUAGCAGCAGUAAACCAGCGAUCGAGUUCCGAUGGUGGGAUAUCAUGACUCAGAAUCCUGAGGGCGUGGUGCUGGAGGGUCCCAAUGAGAAGGGUUGGGAUGUGGUUCUGGAUAAGGGUACGUUUGAUGCGAUUAGUUUGUCGAAGGAGAAGGAUCCGGAUGGGCGUCGUAUCUGUGAGGGCUAUAAGGAGAGAGUCGUCCCGCUGAUUAGAGAUGGUGGGAUCUUGCUCGUUACGAGUUGUAAUUGGACUGAGGAGGAGCUCAAGGCUUGGUUUGUGGGCGGGGAGCUGGAGUUUGUGGAUACUAUCAAGUAUAAGAGCUUUAGCUUUGGGGGGAAGAAAGGUCAGACGAUUAGUAGUAUUUGUCUUAGGAAACACGCUCUUCGAUGA